CUACUAGUGCUCUCAUUAUUAGCAUCUGGCAGAAGAUAAUUUAUUUGGGUGGAAAUGGGGAAGAAAGGAAGUGGUAAUUGGUUCUCCACAGUGAAGAAAGUCUUUAUUAAACCUUCUUCUAAGGAUUAUUCACCAGCAGAUCAUAAAAAGAAGGAAAAAUUAGACAACCAAUGGCAAUAUGAAGCUCCAGAAGUUGUGUCAGUUGAACAAUUUCCAGCAGGGAGUUCUUCAGAUCUUACCAAUAAUAGAGAGAGCAAUGAGGAGUCAUCAUCUCCAUUUACUGAAGAUCGAAACCAUGACAUUCAUAUCAUCGUGGCCACUGCUGCGGCUGCUGAAGUAGUAACCACAGCAGCAACUUGUGCGGCCCCAAAAGUUGUCAGAUUAGAUGGAUACAGCAGUCAGUCCAAAGAGCAAAGGGCUGCCACCCUUAUUCAAUCAUACUACAGGGGAUAUCUGGCAAGACGCGCUUUGCGUGCCCUGAGAGGAUUGGUGAAGCUGCAAGCGCUAGUGAGGGGGCAUAAUGUGCGCAAACAAGCACAGAUGACAAUGAGAUGUAUGCAAGCAUUAGUACAUGUGCAGUCAAAAGUACGUGCACGAAGACUCCAAUUGGUUGAGGAAAAGCUGCAGAGCAAGUUGGAAGAAGUGAAAUUACGCUCAAAUAGAGAGGACCAACACAAGAACAAGAGCAUGUUUAAGAAACAAGACAUUGACGGCUGGGAUAACAGGAAACAAAGCAUUGAAAAGAUCCUAGAAAUUACUAGAAGAAAACAACAUGCUUAUGCUUCUCAGCAACAACAAAAGUGGUUGCACUCUGAUCCAGAUGAUGAGGAAUGUUUUGGCAAUGAGCAUGAAAAUCCACAACGAGGUUGGAUUUGGCUUGAAAGAUGGAUGGCUUCUCAACCCAAACAUGUUGUGCCACGAGAAAGCUCCUAUGUGUCAUUGUCCCCCACAGAUGAUAUAUCAGAGAAGACAGUAGAAUUGGAUGUAAUCAACCACCCAUUGGGCUCAGAAGAUGUCAACUUAGCCCAUCAGAUUGUCAGUCCAGCUGAAAGAAGCCCAUAUUCAUCCCGUCAUUCCAACAUGGAUUGUGUCCCUAGCUACAUGACUCCAACUCAGUCUGCAAAAGCAAAAGUAAGGAGUCCAUGCUCAAUAAAGCCUAGAAGCCCACCAGGAGCGGCCCAAUGGAAUGCAACAGCGAAGAAGGGGACAGCCCGUAGGUGGAGCUAUGACUCAUCUGCAAAAAGCCCAACCCCGAAAACUUCUGCUAAAUGGAUGGCAACCUAUAGCCCAGAAAUACGUGCAGACGACCGGGCCUCACCAAUGGGAGCCCCUGCUUGCAGAUACUAAUUAUAAUUAGAUAUUUAUGCAGUAAAUAAGAAGUUCAAGAAAUGGUUAUUUAAAUAUACAUAUGUUAUGAAAUAAUUAUAUUAGAUUUUCAUAACUCUAGAAAUAAAUCUUCACUUCCUUAGUGAUCUCAAAAGCUUAAUGUCAUGGCUCACUUUUUCCCCAUCUUUCUGUAUAACUUCCAUAGUUAAUGUCAUGUUUAUGACUAUCUUAUGUAUGCCUCUAUGUAACACUAUAAAUAGAGGCAUAAGAGUUCAUAUUGUAUAUAUUUGAAUUUAAAAUAAGUACUA